CUUCUUCCUUUUAAUUUCAGCUCAUACAUUACUUGGUUUGCAGCACUCACUCUAUGGCUACGAGCCGGAUAAUUUAGAGCUAUUUUUGCCAUGUAUUGUUAAAUUGGAUAUAAACUUUAAAUUUGGUUUAAACUAUCGUUUAGAAAUUGUUUAGUGAAAUUGAAAGAUCAACUUGAUGACGUUUUUUGAGCGAUUUUGAACUUCUUAUAUGUGAUAAUUUGAUAGCUUGUAUAGACACUCCACCAAUUCUCUCACGUGAGGCAACAAUGGAAGAAGAUAAAAGCCAGGACCAUGAUCUACUAUCUACAACAUGGCUUCCCCCUCAGGCAUCCGAGCAUGAGGAGAAUGGUGAUGAGCUUAUGGGCGUUGAAAAUGGUGAAGAUAAUUUAAACAGCGUUGAUCCAUAUAUCGGAAUGGAGUUCUCUACUCAUGAGGAAGCUUAUAAUUUCUACAAUGCAUACGCCAGACUUAAGGGAUUUGGUGUUCGCAAGGGUCACACAGCUUGGUCGAGAAAGAAAGAUGCAAUCCUAUCUAGAAUAUUUGUAUGUGACAAAGAAGGCUUUAAAUCUUUAAAAGAUAAAAGAGAAGAUGGUCGGAAUGUAAUUCGAAAGUUUGAUACAAGAUGUGGAUGCAACGCAAGGAUGGUUAUUAGACUCGAUAGAAGCACUAAAAAAUGGAUGAUCCGAAUUUUAAACAUUAAUCAUAAUGAUCAUUCAUUAACCACCCCAAAUCGGGUAAAGAAGCACUACUCGCAUCGGACACUUCAUCGAUCUCGAGCGACAAAAAGGUUGAUAGAUACUCUUGACAGCCAAGGUUUACGGCCUUCUACCAUUUGUAAGGUUUUAGACGUUGCUCAUGCAAAUGAACAAGGCUCUCUCACACCACAAGAAUGCCAAGGUCAUCUAAGAAUUAAACGAAGAAACAAUGUCGGACAUGAAUGUGUGAACAUAGUUCGUCAAUUUCAAGAGAAAAAGGUAUCUGAUCCUCAAUUUUACUUCGCACUUGAUUUAGAAAAUGAUGGGAUGAUGAGAAGUGUUUUUUGGAUGGAUGGUAGGUCGAGGACUUCUUACUUGCAAUUUGGAGAUGUUGUUUGCUUUGAUGUUACAUAUAGAACGAACAAUUUAAAAUUGCCGUUUGCACCAUUUACGGGCGUUAACCAUCAUCGACAGUCUACUCUAUUUGGGUGUGCGUUACUGGCCGAUGAAACGGAGGAGACGUUUAUAUGGUUAUUUAGCCAAUGGUUAAAAUGUAUGUCGGGUAUAGCACCAGUAACAAUCAUCACUGAUCAAGAUAAAGCUAUGUGUGGUGCAAUUCACAAAGUUUUUCCUCAAACUCGACAUCGCUUUUGUUCUUGGCACCUUCAUAGGAAUGCAUUACAAAAUUUUCAAUCAAUGCGUUAUGAUUUUGGUGAUGAAGUUUCUAUAAAGUAUUACAAAUGGUAUUGGAGUAAAUCAGAAGAAAAAUUUGAAAAGCGCUGGGAAGAAAUGAGGGAUAAAUAUGGUGCAGAUAAAAGGAGCUGGUUAGUUAAUUUAUACAAUCGUAUUGGAGUAAAUCAGAAGAAAAAUUUGAAAAGCGCUGGGAAGAAAUGA